AAGGGGGGGUGGGGGUCAAAGAUACGCAGAGAAACGGGCUGCUGGUGGCGAAGAUGGCGGAUGGGGACAGUGGCAGUGAGCGCGGUGGCAGCAGCGGCGGCGGAGGGGGAGGAGGCGGCGGGUUUCAGCAUUACCAGCGGGAGCCGGAGACCCAGGAGCUGGCCUCGAAGCGGCUGGACAUUCAGAACAAACGCUUCUACCUUGACGUAAAACAGAACGCCAAAGGCCGGUUCAUCAAAAUCGCCGAGGUCGGUGCCGGGGGCUCGAAAAGUCGGCUGACCCUCUCUAUGUCAGUUGCGGCGGAGUUCCGCGACUACCUGGGGGAUUUCAUAGAGCACUACGCCCAACUUGGGCCUAGUACCCCGGAGCAGAUUGCUCAAUCAUCCGGUGGGGAUGACACCGGGCCUAGACGGGCCUUGAAGAGCGAGUUCCUGGUGCGUGAGAACCGAAAAUACUACCUCGACCUGAAGGAGAACCAGCGGGGUCGCUUUCUCAGGAUCCGACAGACCGUCAACCGAGGCCCCGGCUUCGGUGUCGGAGUGGGUGGCAUCCCCGGGGCUGGCCUGCAGGCCGGACAAACCAUCGCACUCCCGGCCCAAGGCUUAAUAGAAUUUCGCGACGCCUUGGCCAAGUUGAUAGACGACUACGGGGGAGAUGAGGAGGAGCUGGCCGGUGGCGGAGGAGCCGGGGGCUACAGCGAGCUUCCGGAGGGCACCUCGAUCAUGGUGGACUCCAAGCGGUUCUUCUUUGACGUUGGAUCCAACAAGUACGGAGUUUUCUUACGGGUGAGCGAAGUGAAGCCCAGUUACAGAAACUCUAUAACAAUCCCCUUCAAGGCGUGGAGCAAGUUCGGGGGAGCGUUCAGCCGCUACGCCGAGGAGAUGAAAGAGAUCCAGGAGCGGCACCGGGAUAAGAUGUACGAGAGGAGAACCGGAGAGGAGUCGGAGGGCGACGACGUGGACGACGAUUGAUGGAGAGGGAGAGGUGGCUAUUUGUGAUGAAGCUGACAACAUGAUGCAAAGCCUGGAGAUAAACAGAGAAACAGGAGAGAGAGGAACGACUAUUCUGUGCAUGACGAAUCGAACUUUAAAAUGCUAAAACAAUGGAGUAAAAUAUAAAGUAUAUUUGACUGAGAAAUUACUGUCUAUAUAAGAGAAUCAUGUUCUAAAGUUUAGGUGGAUGUUAUAGCUAAUUGAGUGCGGACUGCAGUAGUCAGCUCCUGUAUGAGAUUCCCCAUUGAUAAAAAAGAAAUAUAUAAAUAUAUAUCUCUCUCUAUAUAUAUACAUAUAUAUUGAUUGUCCAUUUGAUGACCUCACACAUGUAGCCCAGCAAAUUAAGUUUGGCAGAUUACCGGUACCAUUUCCUGGUUGAUAUCCGAUGGUAAGAGCUCACCUGGCGCUGACCUGUAGUCUGUGAUGAUAAUAAGGAAGUGUGUGACAUCCUCAAACCAGCAGGUGCAGAGCGGGAGAGAGACGGAGCACUUGCAUCGCUCACCAUGGCUGUGUGUGUUAUUUGUCUAAAGUGACCUGUAAAAGAGCAGCGGCUUGCCAGGACAGACCCACAACACCCAGAGCCACGGUCUCGGCUGCACCGGGGCACGCUUUUGGCACCGCAGGACUUCCUCUCAGCCCAGCGAGGUCCCCCCGUAAGGUGAUCUGUUACAAGCACACGACUCAUUUGGAUUCUCUGGACAUUCCAAAAGAGUCCAAAUGACCUCCGCACCCCCACACUCCUCCCUCUUUUCUCCUCCCUCCUGGGCGUCCCCCUCAGGUGCUGACCUCCUGCUCCAAUAGCUGAUGUGCGGUGAGGCCUGCUCACACGUGGCUUGUUGCGUCUCAGGGCUGGCAAGUCCCAUGUGUGUUUCAUGGGGUCUAUCAGCGUUACCUGUGCCUGUGCAUCAUCCUCAAGAGGUUCUGGGUGCAGAUCUGCUCAGCCGGUUGCUGCAUUUGAGCCGUCUGUGGCAACUGAUGAUGUCUCCUAUGAUGCAGGGCCAUGUUUGACCCCGGUGACCUUUUUCUGUCCAAGGGGACGCGGUGAGCUCAGGCCUCUAGCACUGCUCUCUAUUUUCUGAGUUCAAGCUUAAUAUUGCCGGGCUUGAGCUGCGGUCUUAAGGGAAUUGACCUUGUUGACGUAGUUUGGGUGCACCAUUUGGAUCCUCUAAUCUUGAACUCAGACCAUUAAUGACUGAAGCAACAUUCAGUCUGAUUGUAACAAAAAUUAGGUGCUUUUGGAACACAAACAAACAAAAAAAAAAAACCCACAAUGGGGUGCUGUACCUAAAGAAAAAAUAUAUACUGGAAGAGAUUUACGUACUAAACAGAUCAAGUAUAGAUAGAAUUAUUUUUCAAAAGAGAUAUAUUGAAAUAUGUCUUAGAAAUAUGAGACAUUUAUUAGAUAACGCUGCCUAAAGUGGCUUAUUUAAAACACUAAACUUGGAUGCAACUGUCCAGGGUGAUAUUUCAUACCUGCUUUUUUCCUAACAUUUCUUUUAUUCCUUAGAGGAAAUUUAAAAAAAGAAAAAAAGUGUGCAACAAAUUGAUAACACAGUAUGUUAUAGCAAUUUCUAGAAACAACUUCAUUGAAGUAGUUUGUCAGCAAACACUCAGCACUCCAGUUCACUUUACAGAGCAUCGAGUUGUCCCCUCGUUUCAGUCCACACCUUUUUACCAUGUUUUGUCUUGAAUUGGCUUUCCAUCAGUUGCCAUACGACGCAAACGUAAACACCUGCAAUCAUCAGCAUUUUGUCUUUAGUGCUCCUUUUUAAAAAUAUGAUCAUUUCUGCAUGCCUGCUCUCACGCGGAGCUGCCUUGUGUUCUUUUCUUUUGCAUAUUCUGAUUGCUGUAUAAUGGUAUUUAUCCAUUUUUGAGAGCGAUUUCAAGUUUUAUUUCUGUAUUGCAAUAGACAAAAGAAAGUUAAAGUUUACUUCUCAGCCUAAUAAUGAAAAAAAUGUUUUAAAAAAAAAAUAAGAAAAAAGCCACAAUGUUCCCAUCGUCAUGGGAAAUGUCACUUUCAUUGUCCCACUUCCUUUGGUGUGUAAACCUCUCGUUGAAUUUUACUUUACCCACUUCAACACAGCAGAGAAAUGCCAUAUGAAAAAAAAUAAACACCUGGGAGCAAUAGUUUUUUUUCUUUUCUAUUGAUAUAAAUAUACUAUAUAUAAUAUUACACAUGCGAUUGAACUACAUCCUUCUUCCUGUACUGUGUUACGUGAAAUGGCAGCUGUUUCAGUCAUGUGUGUUCUGCUGUAAUAUUCUACCAAGUUCCUUUCAACGAGAAAUAAAAAAGGUCUUUGCUCAGGA